AUGACAUCUCUUCGCACAGGCCUUGGUCUAGAUGGAACUACCUCGGUGCUUGGAGAUGGACGCCUCAAAGACCCAGAAAAACAAGGCCCCAAGAAGCCUGUCAGUUGUCAAGAUCAACCACCUGAAGCGGAAACAAACCCGGCCGAUGUACUGGAUCUGCACCCCGCAAUGACCGACGAGAUGAUCAACAUAUUCCGACAGAAGGGAAAGGACUACCAAACCUGGAUCAAUUACCCCGACGACACCGACUGCCAAAGGCCAUGCAUCGUCUCGCCAUCCACAAUAAAACUGGACCAGCUGGCCCACCCCUCCGACGAGAGGUAUCAAUGGGACGAGUAUUGCAAUGAAUGGGUGUGCGCACCAGAGGAAAUUGGCGAUCCUCGUCCACUCAAUCUCCCCGUUGGACUGAAUUACCACAAGCUAUAUCUUCGCAAACUUGGAGUCGAGAAAGAUGGGUCUGUGGGUUGGAAUAAAUACCACGGUCGUGUGGCACACACUGCUAUCUUCGCUGACAACAAUGUCAGACUUGAUGGUCCUCAAUGGUCGCAAAUUGCUCAGGCUCACUACGAGGCUUUCUUCGAUAUCGGGUCUCUGAAGUACGUCUUUCGUAUGACCGUCGUCAAUGAGGAGACACAUACAUUUGUGGUCAAGGUGCUAUAUCCGAGAUAUGGGCUUGAGCUUGCGGGAGAUAGCCAACUGAGAACUUGGCUGUACGAUACUGAUGAUUAUCGGGAGAUAAUGGGGACACCGUUGGGGAAAGCUGUCGGUGCUCUUGUCUUAGGGGGCACACGUCGUAUUGCCCAAAUUCAUACUUGGCAGUAUGAUGGAGACCUGCAGAUGCGGUUUGAUAUCUGCGAUAGCCCUCAAUAA